GAGAGAGAGAACACAACACACUUCCUCAUCUGCUGCAUUCAUCUUCAAUAUACAUCAACAGAAACACAAAAUGGAAUUCGGAUCUCUGAUGCGAGAUAUGUUUUUAGGACUCCUGUGUUUCGCAGUCACAGGAGCUGCUUCUGCUGUCUGUGAUGUGAAUAUUGACCACUCCGGAGUUGUGGUGAGAUUUGGAGACCCAGUGACUGCCAACUGCUCCACAACACGUGAAGAUGUAUUGGGGGCUGGGUGGGACUCUUCUGUUAACCCUGUGAAUGAACCGGAUAGUACAACAGCUUUUUGGAAUGCCAGCAGCCUCACUGUUUGGGAUGCAAAGCCAAAAUGCUUAAUAAACUUCAAUAAUGAAACCGAGCUUCCAGAAUGCAUAUUCCUCUUCGCUCCGGAGUUUAUGAAGAUCGAUAACGGAUCUAAUAUAAAGUGCCUGGUCCUUGGUGAGGCUUCUGCUCAGUCUCUUGCAGUGCAGUUCUAUAAAGGAGAUGACCAGAUUGCUGGCAGUGAUAAUGUAACUCAUAACGGCACGCAGUUUCCUGUAAAUGCUACUAUCACUUUUACAAAAAACCAUGGAGUGAAUUACACUUGCACGGCAGAGCUCGAUUUUGGACCAGAAGCACCAAUACAAAACACCUCUCCCCCGUACGCAACGUCUACGAUUGGACCAGGAGAAGAAAAACUAAAUAUGUCAUCUCUCCCAUACACAAUGUCUCCAAAGGCGGCUGCUUCUCCUGUCUGUGAUGUGAAUAUUGAUCCCUCUAGAGUCGUGGUGAGGUUUGGAGACCCAGUGACUGUCGACUGCUCCACAACACGUGAAGAUGUAUUGGGGGCUGGCUGGGAGUCUUCUGUUAACCCUGUGAAUGAAACGAAUAGUAAAAUAGCAGUUUGGAAUGUCAGCAGCCUCACUGUUUGGGAUGCAGAGCCAAAAUGCUUUAUAAACUGCAUGAAUGAACCCCGUCAGUGUGUAGAAAAACUGGAUUUGGUUAUUUACAAGUAUCCAGAAAGUGUCUCCCUCAUCGCUCCUGAGUUUAUGAAGAUUGGUGUAGAAUCUAAUAUAACGUGCCAGGUCCUAGAUGUGGCUCCUGCCAGAUAUCUCAGUGUGAAGCUGUAUAAGGGAGAUGAACAGCUUGUGAAUAGAAGCUUUACUCAUAACUCAACACGGUUUCCUGUGAAUGAAAGCGUCCACUUCCCAGUAACCCCAACCAGAGGAGACAAUGGAUCGGAGUACACUUGUGUGGCAGAGCUUCAAUUGGGACCAGGAGAACCAAUAAAAAAUGCAUCUCUCCCGUUCAGAAUGCUUCCAAUUGCAGCUGCUUCUCCUGUCUGUGAUGUGAAUAUUGACCCCUCUCGAGUCGUGGUGAGAUUUGGAGACCCAGUGACUGUCAACUGCUCCACAACACGUGAAGAUGUAUUGGGGGCUGGCUGGGAGUCUUCUGUUAACCCUGUGAAUGAAAUGAAUAGUAAAAUAGCAGUUUGGAAUGUCAGCAGCCUCACUGUUUGGGAUGCAGAGCCAAAAUGCUUUAUAAACUACAAUAAUGAACCCCGUCAGUGUGUAAAAAAACUGGAUUUGGUUAUUUACAAGUAUCCAGAAAGCGUCUCCCUAAUCGCUCCUGGCUUUAUGAAGAUCGGUGUAGAAUCUAAUAUAACGUGCCAGGUCCUAGAUGUGGCUCCUAUCAGAUAUCUCAGUGUGAAGCUGUAUAAGGGAGAUGAACAGCUUGUGAAUAGAAGCUUUACUCAUAACUCAACACGGUUUCCUGUGAAUGAAAGCGUCCCCUUCCCAGUAACACCAACCAGAGCAGACAAUGGAUUGGAGUACACUUGUGUGGCAGAGCUUCAAUUGGAGCUGGGAGAACCAAUAAAAAAUUCAUCUCUCCCGUUCAGAAUGCUUCCAAUUGAUUUUGAAGAACAACCAAUCCUUAAUGUAUCAGAAAAUGUAGAAGUCAACCAGCCAUCUACAGUGAGAUGCGAACUUAAAAAUGCCUUCCCACCUGAAGAAGUCCAAGUAGAGCUGCUGAUAAAUAAUGAAAUUCACACAAUCCGCUCCAACAUGGAUAACGUGUAUGUUGAAGAAAGUUUUACUCUGGAUUCUGUUGAACCUGCAGUGAUUACAUGUAAUGUGUCCCUCAGAUCUUUGUCAAAAAGUGCAAGUAGAAAUGUUCAAGGCUACGUGCUACCAGAGCCCACCCUUCACACUGAGGCUGUACUGGUAAAUCAAACAGGGAUUGUUACAUGCAGUGUGGAUGGCUCAUUCCCAGCAAAUGCAACCCAAAGGCUGCUCCUCAACGGUUUAAUUGUCAAUGAAACUCACAAUAGUACACCCGCUCAGUACGAGUUUAAAGCAGAGAAAGAACUCAACGGCAAAAUGAUUACUUGUGAGACUGAGCUGAAGUUAGCUGCUACAUCUGUUAAGAAAAAUCAAAGUAUCACCUUCAGUGUUUUGUAUGAGCCCAGUGUAAUAAACCCUGCAGAAGAAAGUGUGCCUGUUCUGAAAGGGGACAGCGUAGUUUUUAACUGCACUGCUGAUGGUAUCCCAGCCCCUACAUACACGUGGAAACACCCUGAAGCUGAUAAUGUGAAUAUCACAACGAAGGACAGUGUGUCUACUGUGACUAUCACAGGAGCCUCAUCUAGCAAUCAUGGUGUUUAUGAAUGUCAUGCUUGGAACAUACAUGGGAAUUCCACAAGGAAAGUUACAGUUGAAGUUACAGGCAACUAUACCCUGCUCCUCACCCUAGUUGCAGUAGCAGCGGUUGCUGUUGUUCUUCUGGUGUCCUUUGUGUACAAAAAGAAACGUACAAGUGGAAGAUACACAUUCCUACCAACAAAUCCUUCAAGUGCAAAUGGCAGUGUGGCAGAGAACGGCCAGACGGCUGAAGAUAUACCCUUAACAACAGUAUGAACCCACCGAAAAGGACCUGCCUACCAUUCGCCCUCAGAAAUCCAGCCAAGCACAGUAUAUAAUUAAAGAAUUAACUGCAGGUUUUUACCUACAUCAAACUUCCAAACAUUCUUGUCUUUUGACUUUAUGAAGGAGCCGCAUUGCUGUCAAUGAUCCCCAGACCUCUUGCAGUGCUAUGCCAAGGCCAUGCUGUGGGAUGAUGUUGCUCUGCUACAGUGAAAGACAGAAGGCAUGUGGAGCUUGUCUUUGUUUCUUCAUGAAGACAGGAGCCUGUCCUCUUGUUUGCAUGCUCAGAGGGAUUUAUUUAUCUUGCAGAGCGACAGGUUUGAACCCAAGCAUAAAAGCAAUGCCGUGUCUGGAGAAGAGCCCUUGUAAAAUUCUGGGAAAUUUUAAAGGUUAUUAGAUUAUUAUUAUUUUUUUUAACUAUUGUGAUUUAUGAUUUUUAUUCAGCGAUAUAUUUCUACUGCCUUAGCUUCCCUUUAAAGUACUGAUAUUGUUGCACACACCCAAGUCAGCUCCUCUGUAUAUAAAACUUUUCAAUACUUGCAGUAAAUUGUAUUAUUAUUAUUAUUAUUAUUGUUAUUAUUAUUAUUAUUAUUAUUAUUAUUAUUAUUAUUAUUAUUAUUAUCUUUCCCAUUGGCAAAAAGCUCUUGUUGAGGAAAACAGAUCGUAUUAAAAUGGGAACACUUUAGGUAUCCGUUAUACGUGAUUAUAAACAAUCUAUAAAUGUGUUAUUAAUUGUGCUAUUAACAAUUAUAGAAUAUGAGUAGAAACAAUGACUAUUAUAAUACACUUUUGCCAUUGUUUUUUUUUGUUUUUUGCUAUUGCUUAUAGAGGCUGUGUGGUCCAGUGGUUAAAGAAAAGGGUUUGUAACCAGGAGGUCCCCGGUUCAAAUCUCACCUCAACCACUGCCUCAUUGAGUGACCCUGAGCAAGUCACUUAACCUCCUUGUGCUCCGUCUUUCGGGUGAGACGUAGUUGUAAGUGACUCUGCAGCUGAUGCAUAGUUCACACACCCUAGUCUCUGUAAGUCACCUUAGAUAAAGGCGUCUGCUGAAUAAACAAAUAAUAAUAAUAACGGAUACAGUCUGUCUGCCUGUCCUUUCUGUCUGUCUGUCUGUCUGACUACCUUUAUAUAUCUGUCUCACCAGUUGUAUGGGGCUGCUUUGUAUUUGCAAUACAGUUAUUAUACACUUUUGCCAUUGUGGUUUUUUGUGCUAUUGUUUGUAAUCACUUAUAACUGAUACCCAGGAGAUCCCAGGUUCAAAUCCGACUCAGCCACUGACUCACUGUGUGUGACCCUGAGCAAGUCACUUAACCUCCUUGUGCUCAGUCCUUCGGAUGAGACGUAAAACAAACGAGGUCCUAUUGGAAGUGACUCUGCAGCAGCAGUUGUUGAUGCAUAGUUCACCACCUAGUCUCUGCAAAUCGCUUUGGAUAAAAGUGUCUGCUAAAUGACAACUAAUUAUUAUUAAUGACAAAUAAUAAUAACAAUAACAAUAACAAUAACAAUAACGUGUUCUGGAUCCCUGCCCCUUUGUUGUGUACAUACAUGAAGCAACAGUUUCAAGACAGGAUGUGCGAGUUGAAACCACAAGAAGGGCUUAACUGCCUGUAAAGUUCUGUGGUGUAAACUGACAAAGAUACAGACACUGUGGCAGCCAUAUUAUUAAGAGAGAUUGAGACUCAGCUGGUCUCUUGGUAUACCAGUUCACUUUUAUUGUGGAACAAUGGUGUCUGUUUUAACAAUCCACGAUCUUAAUACCGCCUGCUAAAAUGUAUAACCCUGAUUCUCAAACCUGCUCUGUGUUUGUAUUGCAUGAAGUAGCGUUAAUGGUUAGUGAGUCUACAGCUACAGCCAAUAGUUUUGCAUCACCUAGAAUUUUAGAAUUGAGACAUUCAUUAAAAAAAAUUAUAUGAACGUGAUUUAGAUAUUUUAUUUAACAGCAUGUAAUCAAAGAAACUCCAAAAUGAUAUCGCCAAAGUCUACCGUAAUAGUUGUACAGUAGUAUUUCAUGUUAGAUUUAGAAAAGUCACAGUUUUCCAUUUGUCAGUUUUUUUUAUUAACUAUAUGGACAACUACAAAGCUGUCUGUAAUUCAUAUAUGUUAACAUUAUUCAGCAGGUUUCAUUCGACUCUAUGAAGCAAAAUUAAUUAAUUCUGUAGGGUGAUGCAAAACCUUUGGCCAUAGCUGUAGGCUUUUAGUUACGGACGCACCCUUUUGUGGUUUCAUCACACAAUGUGAAAAUAUAACAUGUACACGCCACAUAAAAAUAGACCAAAAUAGCUUCUAAACAUAGUGAAAGGCGCUUACUUGAGUUUUUUUGGGGGGAGAUGUGUCCGAUUGCAUACACUAACAGUAAACCUCAACUGGAUUAAUAGAGUUAGAAUGGCGCUAUUAAGAUCGGCCACCGUUUAGAUCAUUAAAAUGGACUCCAGUAAACAAACUAGUAAAAUAAGUCUGUAUGAAAUACAAAUGCACAGAAUCUGAAUUCUCUUUGUUUUGUUCCAUUGUGAACACUGUAUAUUCUGCUGGCUGUUUUUUGAAGGGAUUGCAAAUGACCUCAGUGUUAAUGUCUGUAUAACAUCAAAGGACUUGACUACUGAGAAAAAAAGGGGUUUAAGGGGUAUUUUAAGAAAAACAAACUGUAAUUUAAUUUUACAAUUUUGCUUAAUAUGCACAUCACAUUUUUUAGUAAAUUCCCAUUUUUGAUGCCAGUGUACUGCAAUUGUUUUAAGGCUGCUGAAAUGAUAUGCCAAAACGCUUUUUAUCCUAAAUAAAUUGUGUGUUGCUAUGCCUAAAUAGAUAAAGUUUUGGGCAAUGCCUUCAGUAUUGUAACAACUGAAAUGCCUUGAGGUCUCCUGAUUUGUCAGAUUUCUUAUAGCUUCUUAUAGUUUCAUUUAGAAAUAUAUGAUGGAUUUUUUUUUUUUAUUAAGCAUGUUGUUUUUUUGUUUGAUUUUUAAAAAACUUUUCCAACAAGGAUGGCUUUUUAAAAAAAAUAAAAAUGCUGAUAAAAGAAGGUGUUGUUUGCGUGAGUAAUUAAAAUGACAGGACGU